AUGUCCUUCCCGCACUUCGGACACCCCUACGGCAGCGCUUCCCAGUUUCUGGUGUCUGCAAGUUCCAGCGCGACUUGCUGCGAAUCGGCCCCGCGCUCCGUUCCAGACGCGGCUUCAGGCUCCACCGCUGCGGCCUCGCUCUGCUGCGCACCCUACGACAGUCGGCUGCUGAGCAACACCCGGCCGGAGCUGGGGGCGGCCUUGGGCAUCUACGGCGCCCCUUAUGCGGCCGCGGCAGCUGCCCAGAGCUACCCGGGCUACCUCCCCUACAGCGCCGAGCCGCCCUCCCUGUACGGAGCCCUGAAUCCACAGUAUGAAUUUAAGGAGGCUGCAGGGAAAUUUACACCCAGCUUGGCACAACCAGGAGCCUAUUACCCCUAUGAGCCUGCUUUGGGGCAGUAUCAGUAUGACAGGUACGGAGCUGUGGAGUUGGGCUGUGCUGGGCGAAGGAAGAACGCCACGCGGGAGACCACCAGCACGCUCAAGGCCUGGCUCAACGAGCACCGCAAGAACCCCUACCCCACCAAGGGCGAGAAGAUCAUGCUGGCCAUCAUCACCAAGAUGACCCUCACCCAGGUGUCCACCUGGUUCGCCAACGCGCGCCGGCGCCUCAAGAAGGAGAACAAGAUGACCUGGGCCCCCAAAAACAAAGGCGGGGAGGAAAGGAAGGCGGAGGGUGGAGCAGAGGAACCCCUGCGUUGCCUGAACCCCGACACCAAAGACGUUAUUGCUAGCCAAGAGGCACGAGAGCUCCGGCUGAGUGACCUCGAAGACCUCGAGGAAGAGGAGGAGGGCGAAGACGAAGCGUCGGUGCAGACCGCUACGGACAGGCUGGCCGAGUUUGCCAAGGGCUCGCCCUCGCUCCUGGCGCCCUGCACGGCAGCUCCGGAGGGCGGGCUGGAGCCUAGGGCCUGCGGCCUGGACGCGCCCCGCUUCUCAUUUAAUGAACCUCCCGGUGCGGGAGAAACUGGUUUCCUCCAGGUGGAGCCAGGGGGCCCCAGGUUGACGGUGCACUAUCCGCCCAGCGAGAAGCCCCGCAUCUGGUCUCUGGCGCACACCGCCGUGGCCCGCCCGCUCCACGAUGCACCUCCCACCCCGCCCAGGCCGCCCAGUCCCGAGUGUCACCUGCUACCGCGGCCUCCAGGCCCGGCCGCCAGACCAGGGGUCCCCAGAGACUCCACGUGCGAAGAGCCCUCCAGUGUAGCCAAAGCCUUCGGGAACCCCACGUUUGCCCUGCGGGGGCGGAACUGUGCGUCCUGCCCGAGGCGGAGGGAGCCCGCCGUGCGGUGCCAGUAUCCGUCUGGAGCAGAAGGUAGUGGCCCCCGGCUGCCCUCGCAGGGUGUGGCCACAACACCUGGCCUUUGCUCACCCCCUCUGCCCCCUCUCGGGCAUGUCCAGCUGGGACCUGAUGUAAAAUUGUCCCAUGGCACUGGCAAAAGCGAAAGUUAG